AACUCUAUGGAGUAUAUGGUCCAUGUUGAAGACUAUUAUGAGUCUGCGACAUAAUAUUAAUUUGAAUAUGUACAACAACCUCAAAGCUUUCCUUAAAAAUCAAGCAAAAGAUUACAAACCCAAGAAAGCACAAGCUCCAACAUUGGCACAAAUAAAAGAAUUUUKAAAUAAAUUUGAUGAUUCAAUUUAUUUGGCGGCGAAAGUCAUCCUUAUGUUUGGAGUAUGUGGUGCUCUGAGAACCAGUGAAUUUUGUGAAAUYAAGAUCAAGGACGUUGAAGAUACGGGUACCCAACUAAUUGCAUCGAUACGAGAUAACAAGAAUCAUUAUCCAUGAUCAUUUAUGUAGGGGAGUUUUAAGUAUCGAAGAAUAAACAUAGAUAAGUAGGUAGGCGACGAAAGGCUAAAGGGAAAAAGACCCGAUGGUCGAAAUAAAGAAAAACGAUGCGUGGUYKAUUCUUUGUAAGUUGAGUAAGUUGUGUGUGUAAGUCUGUGUGUGAGUCUAGAAGGUUCUCGAGCGAUAUCGGUGAUUUGUUUAUUAGACCGAGCUGGACGUUGGGAAAAUUCGAGAACGGUUCGGAAGAUGGUUUAUCCCUCAGGGAUGCAGGGUGAGGGAAGAAACCCAUAAGGAGAGGACAGUCACGCGUGUGCAAGCGUGGAGGAGCGUGGAGAGAAYMGAGCGACGAG